AUGCGAUUACUACAUUUGGGUGGACAAUUGUUUCAUGUGCGUUGUAGCGCGUACAUAUUGAAUUUAGUUGUUCAGGAUGGUUUGAAGGUGAUUGGGAGUCUUAUUUCAAAAAUCCGAGAAAGUGUGAGAUAUUUAGGGAGGUCUCCUUAUGGAAAACAAAAAUUUGAUGUUGCAGUGAAUCAUGUUAAGUUACAUCAUAAAAAGAAAGUCCCCAUGGAUGUUCUUACCAGAUGGAACUCCACUUAUUCAAUACAUGAAGCUGUAUUAGAUUUGAAAAGUGCAUUCCACCGCUUAGGGCAAAUUGACAAACAAUAUAAGCACAAUCCUUCUGAGGAUGAGUGGAAUGUAGCAAAUGUGAUUUGUGGGUGCUUGAAGAUUUUUUUUGAUGCUACAUCUCACUUUAGUGGUACCACUUUUCCGACUUCAAAUGUGUUUUUUCCCGAUAUUUGUCUUAUUCAACUUGAAAUGAAAAAAUGGGAGCAAAGUGAGUAUGAUUGCAUUCGAUUGAUGGCUGGUCCAAUGAGAGUGAAAUUUCAAAAAUAUUGGAAAGAAUGUUCUUUGGUGUUAGCAAUUGCAGUGGUUCUCGAUCCGAGAUUUAAAAUGGACUUGGUGGAAUACUACUUUGGGCUUAUUUAUGGUGUUGAUGCUAACAAGCAUAUUCAGAGGGUCCGUAAUGGUUUUGUUGAUCUUUUUUAUGAGAUUAAGAGUGAUUCUUCUGAUUCUAUGAGUUGCAUUGCCCCUGUUUCCGAAAAUAGUAGCUCAAGUGGUAGUCAAUUGCAUGUGGCUUCUUCGAAAGAAGAAAGUUUGGCUGCUUUUCAUGCGUGGUAUGCCCAAGAACGUGCUUCUAACAUUCAUGCCUAUCAAAAAUCAGAGGUGGAGCAAUACUUGGAGGAGUUGGUGUUUCCAAGUAAUGAGAGCUUCAAUAUUCUACAUUGGUGGAAAGUGAAUAAAGCAAAAUUUCCUACUUUGGCAAGGAUAGCUCGUGAUGUUUUAAGUGUUCCUGCUACUACGGUUGCAUCAGAGGCGGCGUUUAGUGUAGGAGGUAGGGUGAUUGAUGAGACACGUGCUUUAUUACUUCCAGAUAUUGUGGAGGCCUUGAUCACUUGCAAUGAUUGGAUUGAAUCAACCAAAAAUAGAAAUGUAGAAGACACAAUGAGACCUCCAGAUAUUGUGUAG